GUCAACAAGAAGAUUCUGGACGGGAAAGGAGUUAGUGUUGAUGAGGGAGCAGGAGUUCCCGAUUAUCGGAGGCCUGACGGCAACGAUGCCGAGGAGAAGAAAGCGGAGGCUGAAGUGGAGAAGAAGAAGAGCGACGCGUUGAUCAAGCGCGGACGGUCUACAGCUGAUCCGGAUUCCCCUCUGGCCGGCAUCGUUGACGCGAUGGCAGAGAAGAAGAUUGUCACCGUCUCCGCAGCCAAAGGGUAUGCAGCUUUGAAGAAGACGCUGCAGGUGAUAGACACCAAAGGAGGAAAGCGCAAGCUGGACCUGCACCUUCUCCACCUCCGCCUGAGCCGAAGGCACGCCCAACCCCCACCGGGGGCGGCGCUUCCUCCUCAGCUGGAGCGGCAGGGGGUUCUGCAAAACCACCUCCGAAGGGCCAUGUAUGACCACAAGGAGUUGCAUAUUGACAUCAAGAAGGGCACCACCAUUGAUGACAGCUUAGAUAAGCUGGACCUGACCAUCAGGGUGCUUUUGAACAUGAUCCGAACUUUGAAGUGCAAUGAGUUUCAGCGGUUGAAGGUCCAGAGGAAUUUGACUAGGCAGGACUGGUCAAAACUCGAGUUUGUGUUGGAUUGUGUGCAGCUGCCUGCUGAACUCAUGGCAGCAUCUUCUCAGGAUGAGAUUGAAGAAGAGGAUGUUUCCAGGCUCAGGACAGUUUCUGUUCUGAAUGAGCUUCCAGGUGCUUCUGAUAGUGCAAGUGCUGAUGGUGGUUGCUUUGCUUUGGUGCCUUUUCCUGUCAAGUCUGAGCAGAUGGGUUCGGCUCAUAGCUCUUUGAAGCCUUUGCCAUCUGUUUUCCAGAAGCAUUUUGCUGCUUCAGAGAUUUCACAAGAGGGAAAACCUAUUCCUGUGGAACGCUCCGCGCUUACUUCUGCCAGCAGCAAGAAGACGAAGCUGAUGGAGAAGAUCCUGCAAGAGGCGAGUAUCUAUGAGGCAGAUGCUUCAAACCUUCCCCUUCCCAAAAGCAAGGCAAAGAAGACAGAGAAGAAGAGCAAUCUUGGAAAGAAGAAGAGAAGCCAGAAGAACAAGAAGACCAAGAAGAUUGUCAAGAAAGUUCCUGAGCCAAAGACAAAGAAAGAAGAGCUGAAGAAGAAGAAGAAGAUUCAGGAGCCAAAAACAGAGAAAGAAGAGAGUGAGAAUAGCAAUGACUCUGCUUCUGCUCUCGAUGAGAACACGGUUUACAAGCCUGGUACUAUGGCCAAGAAGAAGGAGAUCUAUGUGAAGUCUCUCAUGGAGAAGAGUGAGAUGACCAGGCUGGAGGCUGCCAAGUCAUGGCAAAGUUCUUUGAGCAGAGCCAUGCUUUUGCAGCAUUUGAGCAUUUCAGAACUUGUGAAGAGGACUAGACAUGACAUGUCAAAGGAAGCGGAAGUUCGACAGGUCCUCGAAGAGAUGGGCAUCGACUGCAACCUGCUGGUGGAGAUUCAACUCUGUAAGGCCCAGACCUUCAAAGAACAAGUUGAACUACGCCUCCAGAAAGCUGAGCCCGACCACCAGACAAUGUUCCUUCAUUUCUCCGCGCAGGAGGCGAAGGAUCAUGCAAAGGCCCUGCUUGGUGGUCGCUGGCUUCAGGGCAUCUCCAAGCCAGACAAUUACAAGAGCAAAUGCCUCAAAGUCCACAACGACCUGUCCCUGGAGGAGCACCAAGUCCGCUACAUCCUGGAGUUUAUCCUGCUGCAAGUGCUGGUUUUGCCCCUUGCUCUGCUCAGGCAGUUCAUCAUGGAGGGCCUGUGCCACCUCACCUUGGAGCAUUUCCUGUGGAGAGAGCGAUGGAUCUACUUGCAAAGCCUCAACACCCAGACCUGGACCUACGCAGUGCCCAGCAACAUCUACUCCUGGCCCAGCAAAGGCAAGCAGUGCUUCAGGUUCCAGCUGGUGGCAAUGACAAGGCAGAGAACUGCUUUGCUUCGACUGGUUUUGAGGAAACUGCAGAUGAGAAUGAAGACGAUGCAGCUCUUGCCAGGGAACUCGAAGAACACUUUGGACAUUGUUAACCUGGAUUUCUUCCAGGCCUUCUCCAAAUUGUUUGGCACUAUAGGGGAGGAAACCAGCUCUUGCGCCAUGGCUUCAGAGGAACCCCCCCCAGCUCCUACAACUCCAGUGCCUGGAGAAGUGGAGGCUGGAGAAGUGGAGCCUGGAGAAGUGGAGCCUACAGAAGUGGUGCCUGCUGGCAGCAAGAAAAGACCUGCAGCUAGCAAGAAAGCUGUGAAACCUAAGAAACCGACCAAGCCAAAGGCAGUGACUAAGCCAAAGGCAGUGACUCCCAUGAAACAGCCCAAGCCAAUGGCAGUGACUCCCAUGAAGUCUAUGAAGAAGGCAAAGUCGGCAGCUAGCCCCAAAGGUUCUCCCAAGGCCAAGGCCAAGAGCAAAGCCAUGGCAAAGUCCAAGGGCAUCAAGAAACCUGCAGCUUCUGUGUCUUUGAAGCGUCCAGCUGCAGCACCUGCAGUCCAAGCUGGCCAGGCUCAUUCUUCGUCCAUGGGUUGGGCCAACAAGUUGAAGGUUGAAGAGGAGAAGACAGAGAAAGACUUUCAGGAACAUGGAGAAGAAGAAGAAGAUCCAGGUGCUCAGGAUAUGGAGGUAGAGCCCAGCGAGACCAACUUCCAGAUAGAUGAUUCGCACAAGGACAGGGCCAAGAAUAACAAGUUCAAGAAGAUGUUGAAUGAUGGCCAAUUGCCCAAGUGGGCAGAGGACGCCUGGAACGCCUCGUGCAAGUUGUCCACAGGGCGACCUGCUGCUCAGAGGAAGAUUGUCAACGCCAUCAUCUCCAGAGAAGAUAGCACAGGCAAGCUGAUCCUGAACUUGACCAACCCGGUCUUGGAUGAGUUGAAGAGCACCUACCAACGCCAGGAAUCCAAAGACAGCCACAAAGCCUUGACAAAGACUUUGUUUUGUGGCAAAUUCAACUUGAAGGAAGAUUCCUUUCAAGCUGGCUUGGCUGCUGGUGAAUUCUUUGAAGUCAUUGGCAAGGACGGCAUAGUGCGUUACAGUUGGCAGGUGCAAGAGCACACAGUCUCAAAGGGCAGUGAUUCCACAGUGACCCUCAAGAGUGAGACCUACUUAAGCAAGAAGGACGCAGCUUUCGAAAAGACACGUCUUGAUGGUCCAUUCAUUGGCCUUUUUCAGAAGAAUCAGGGACAGCUUGCCAUUGCAAGCCCAGCUGGGCAGCUUGCUUUGUGCGACAAAGAGAUUGAGUUGACACCUGAGCUUUGGACUCAGGCCCAAUCCCAGCUCAGUGCAGCCACGAAGUUCUGGGAGAACAACCUGAAGGAAGCCAAAAAGUUGCUCCAGCAGGUAGGUGUGGACAACCGCGACGACGAUCUAUACCAAGAGAAAGACAUCACUCAAAAACUCCAGAAGGAGAAGGCCAUCUUGGAUCACAUUUGGCAGUGGAAAGAGACUCCAGAGAACAGUGGAAAGCCCCUGACUGUGAAGAACUACGAUGACUGCAUGCUUGCUUCUGGCAAGGCUGGUGAGGCUCUUGAGCUUCGCUUGGCAGGUGCCAAAGGUCAGGCCAAUGCCAUUGCAGCUCGCCAGCGCAAAGCCAUGGAAGGCCUUUUGUCGGGAGCCUUAUGCCACAGCAUUGCAGUAGCUGCAAAAAAUGACAUGGACAAGAUCAAGGAGGACAAAGAGCUGCCAGACUUGGACCAGUUGGCUGGCCUCAAGCUUGGCAAAAGUUUGAUCAAAUCAGUUUAUGGAAAUUUGAAGAAAUCGAGCAACCUUCCUGAUCAAAGUGGCAAGGUUUGCUACUCACAAACCGAAGUUGGACAAAGCAUUGGCAAAGCACUUCUCAGCUUUUUCUUCUACCUGGCUUCAGUUGUUGGAGUGCCAAGACUUGACAAGCUCUCAAUGUUCCAGAAGGCAAAGGGAUUUCCUAAGCUGAAAGGGCGUGCAGCUGACAUACGUGGGCUGGAUAAAGCCAUGAUGGCAUGCUGGGAACAUCAUUUGGAUUCUGAUAACCCGCAGUAUUUGCAGAUUUCAGCCCUCUUGCAGUUGAAUGUUGAAGUUCAUGACGUGCUGGAUCGCUUUUCGCCCAAAAUGGGCUACUUGGCUUUGCCUGACAAUGUGCAUGCAGAAGUCCUUCCAAAAUGUUUUCAGAUGGUGCAGCUUCAUGUACAGCUACAG